CUCAUUUUCCCGUAUUUCUUUCUUUCACAUUACAAAAAUGAAACGAAGCCAGUUACAGGUCUCAAACGACCCUCAACCUGGAGACAGCCCCAAUACAAAAAUUGUAAAGAAAUUCCUUGAGAAAAUAGCAGCAUUAUCACCGCCCAAAAUGGCCAAACCCGCAACCCUCCUCGAAGUGGUUAGGGACUGCGACAACUUCCCCUACCCCUGCUGCCCCCAUCUCCAAACCUGGUCGUCCACCACCGUCUCCCGUGCGGCCUCAGCGACCCCCACCCCGUCGCCCCCUUCAGCAGCCCGCUCCUCAGACUUGGACCCCUACUCACGCGCCCUCUCCAACCUCUGGACCUUCCACCUCCCUUACGACCCUGCUCCCCAUGGCUUCCUCACCCACGAGGUCAUCAGCAACAUGCGCUGGACCAAGCACUUCUACCUCGACGUCGGCAACCAAGCAGUCGACCUUCUCGCGCCUUCUGCCGAGGACCUGCUCCCCGAGGACAACGGCUCCUGGGAAGUCGCCUGUUCGAGGAUCCUGGACGAGCAGGUUGAGAUUGCCAGACGGGAUAACGUCCUGGGCAAGAUUCUAGGACCCAAGAAGAAAGGGGAGCAGUUCCCCAUUGUAGGCGCCAAGUUCGAUGUGGGCGUUGAUCGGUCAGCGAUUGGAUUGUUGGGCAUGAUAGGGAGGGGGGCGCACAUGACUGUUUACUCGCGCGUUCGAUCGGCCUCCUCGCUAAAAGAUGGCGAUGAUGAACAACAAAGGGAGCUUGGCAAGGACCUGCGGUUUUGGAUCCCGAGGCGUCAUUACGGCAAGUCAACCUAUCCAGGCAAGUUGGACCAGGCGGUGGCGGGCGGGGUGGCGAGGGGAGAAACGCCGUGGGAGUGUGUAGUCCGGGAAGCCGUCGAGGAAGCGGGAUCCGCGUUGAGCGAGGAGUUUGUGAGGGCGAAUGCAAAAGCGGCGGGCACAGUGACGUGGCUCAACAUCUCUGACCGCCGCGCCGGGCCGGGACAAGAAGGAUUGAUCAACCCGGGCGUGCUGUACGUCUAUGACUUGGAGCUGCCUAAUGAGGGGAGAGACUUUAGGUUCGAGCCGGUGCCGGGGGAUAUUGACAGUUGGGCGGUCAUGGACACAGAUGAGGUGAUGACGGCCAUGAAGAGGCUUGAGUUCAAGCCGAGUUGUGCCGUGGUUAUGAUCGACUUUUUGGUGAGACAUGGUGUCAUUACAGCAGAGAAUGAGCCGGAUUACACCGAGAUUGUGAGUCGGCUGCACCGGCUGUUGCCCUUGCCGACGAGUUCGAGGAGGGAGGACCAAAGGGAGCGCAAUGUCGUUUGAGGGACGAGUGGUUGGGGAUGCAGUUUUAGCGGAUGGUGGGAGAAAACACCCCAGGUUAGUCGGUCAACAAGGGCAAAACCGCGGGAUAUACAUGCUGGGCUUCGAAGAGUGGCAUUGGAAUACUUGAAUACCAGAAAGAGAUGCUGACUUGGGGUGUAUUCAUCAGAAACGAGACAGCAGCUUCACGCUGUAUCUUGAGCUUUUGAACCGUUGAACGUUCCAGUUUAAUUCAUUAUCAUUCCAUUGCGGGCGAACAC